AUGGCAGAUGGAGACGUGCAGCAAGAGAUCCUCCAGAAGACCCUCCAGGAGGUUGGGAAUGAGGAAAAUGAGGGUGACCCUUGUGUGAUCUGUCUAGAAUCCAUCACCGAACCCAGCAUCGCAAAACCAUGCAACCAUACCAACUUUGACUUCCUAUGCCUGGUCAGCUGGCUGGAGCAACAGCCGAAUUGUCCUCUAUGUAAGACUCAACUCACCGAGGUCCAGUAUGACCUCAAAGCCCCUCAAGGUCCGAAAACAUACAAUGUGCCCCACGAUCGAAUAGCAAAACCAGCCCGAAGCUUUGGCCCAGCUCAUGGUGCGCUUCGAAGUGCAAGACCAAGACCACGACAUCAAAGAACACACCAGAACCAACAAAUAUCCUCCCAAGAUCCCCUCGCUGUGCGGCGCACCAUAUAUCGCAACCAGCUAUACUCCCUCCGCGUUGGAUCAAAUCGACUAUCCCAAUAUAGCGAGGUGACACCAGAACAUUUUAACCGGGACGAGUCGCUAGUAUCACGCGCAAGGAAGUGGAUCCGCCGAGAGCUACAAGUCUUUACCUUUUUGAACCCGGAGGCGGAUGAGAAUGAACCUAGCCGAAGUCGAGUACCUCGCCCUGGGACUCAGCGACUAGAAGAGCGAAGGGCCAAUAAUGCCGAGUUCUUACUUGAGUACGUCAUUGCGAUUCUGCGCACUGUUGAUAUCAAGGGUAGCGCAGGUCAGGCGGAGGAGCUGCUGCGAGACUUUAUCGGGCGGGAUCAUGCUCGUUUGUUCCUACAUGAGCUGCUAGCGUGGUUGAGAAGUCCUUAUGUAUCUCUGGAAGACUGGGAUCGCCACGUGCAGUAUCCGAGUUCGAGACAAAGCUCUAAUAACUGUGAUGAGCGGGGGCCUCGUCGGGAUCGUCCGGCUCGUGACCGAAGCGCGUCCCCGGCUCUGGAUACUGAUCGGAGUUUGUUUGAUCGGAUCACCAGACCGACUGAAUCGGCUACAACGCCUAGAGGGGAACAUCGGUCUCGGCCAUACGAUCGUCGCUCUAGACCGCGACAUCUUGAUCGAUACAUCCCAGAUUAA